AUGUACUUACACAUCCUCACACAUCCUCACACAUCCUCACACAUCCUCACAUAUCCUCACACAUCCUCACACAUCCUCACACAUCCUCACACAUCCUCACACAUCCUCACACAUCCUCACACAUCUUCACACAUCCUCACACAUCCUCACACAUCCUCACACAUCCUCACACACCCUCACACAGCCUCACACAUCCUCACACAUCCUCACACAUCCUCACACAUCCUUACACAUCCUCACACAUCCUCACACAUCCUCACACAUCCUCACACAUCCUCGCACAUCCUCACACAUCCUCACACAUCUUCACACAUCCUCACACAUCCUCACACAUCCUCACUUAUACUCACUCAUCGUCACAGGUCGUCACACAUCCUCACACAUCCUGACACAUCCUCACAUAUCCCCACACAUCCUUACACAUCCUCACACAUAGUCACACAUCCUCACAUAUCCUCAUACAUCCUCACACAUUCUUACAUAUCCUCACACAUCCUCAUACAUCCUCACACAUCCUCACACAUCCUCACACAUCCUCACACAUCCCCAAACAUUCUCACACAUCCUCACACAUCCUCACACAUCCUCACUCAAACUUAA